CUAGAAUGUGAAGUGUGUGAGAAAGCAAAAUUUCUUUGUUUGGUAUUGUUAGUUUUUGCGAUGUGGAAUGCUGAUGAUAGAACUCAACUCAACAAAGUAGAAAAUGUAUUUUUUUGCCUUGUUUAAGGGUAAGAUGAGGUGGCAUUACACAAUAGCAAAGCUGUAAUAUAUUGUGAAGGCCACUUUAUGCAACAAAGAUGGGGCAAUGUCACAUUUCCAUCUUUGUUGUUAAUAAAUGAAUAAAUCUCAAGGUUUGUGAAAAAGGAAUUGCUUAGUGGUAUGGGUUCUAGAGACAAUUGGGCCCCAUUCUUUUCUUUUCUUUUCUGCUUUUGGUCCCCCUAAUCCCGUGAAGUGGGCUUGAGCUUGGGCUUGGGCUUUUUGUUUAGCUUUUCGGCUUUUCCACUUCCGCUUUAUAUCAGCUACUCCACUUCCUAGCCUUGGCCGUGAUUCGAUUUGAGAAAUUCAUCAGAUUCACAAAGCUCCGUCUUCCCCAGCCGCCACUGACCCUCAAUAAAUCUAUCGCCGCCGCCGCGACGGCACGAGACGGAGAAAAAAAAGGCACGAUGAGGCUACUGACUCACAACAUGCUCUCCUCCAACAUCAAGGGAGUCGUCAACGGCUUCCCGCUCCGAAUCGAGGCCGAGAAAGUGAUCCAUAAGGAAGUCGAUCUCAACCCGGACUUCCUCCGAAACAUCUUCUCCAAGAUCGAGUGGAGAGCCCUCUCCGACGCCGCCAGGUCCCUGGGCUACGCCGAGCUGCCGGAGGAGGCGGAGGAGUCGAUGCUGGACUCCGAUGAGUUCCUGGGCAAAUUCCACCACGCGCUUCUGGAGAUCCAUCUCGAGGAAGGGGCGUUGGUCUGCCCGGAGACCGGCCGGAAAUUCUCGGUGAGUAAAGGAAUCCCCAAUAUGCUUCUCCACGAGGACGAGGUAUGAAAAAUCCCCCCCGCGGCGGCGAAUGGUUUAUGUUCUUAGAAAGAUUUCGUCUAGGGUUUUCCCCCCCUGUGUUUUGGUUUUAGGAUUAGGGUUUUAUUCGCAUGGCUGUAUGGGAUUGAAGUUACCAUUUUUCCCUGUGGAGAGGAGAAAUCAUAUCAUAUUCCCUUGUUUUGAUCGUGAGUUUUGGGUUAACUUUGUUUCGCCACUCAAUCAGCUAAUUCCUGUAAUCGCCAUGAGAGUGAAACCACAAUGUCUUGCAAGUUGCAAGCAUUCUAUACGUUGGAAGAAAGUUAAUUUUGCCUCCAUUGAGAUUGAUCUGUGAAGGAGAAAGAAAGCUUUCCUAGAUUG